UACCAGGAAGUAGUGUUCCAAGAUGGCGACCUCCUUGCUGAGAAUUUUUCACGCUGCGUUUCAAAAUGUUGAAAUUCGACUGCUUCAGGCGUUUGGCUUGCAUCCCCCACCAGGUCCUGCUCUAGCUAUCCCAGGCUGCCACCACCCCCUACAGGGUAGUCAGGGCUCCGACAUGACAGAACCCUCGGGACUGAGCAGUCUCCUGGGCGGGGUGUUCCUCAUGGCCGCCCCAAAGCACCGCCAGAGUCUGGAGCGGAGACACAAACGACAGCGACACCCGGACAAACUCAUCAAACCUAAGGAAAACCUCUUCCCCUGUCCCGAGUGUGGUUCCAUGAUGCAGGAGGGUUUCCUGUGCAUAAACUGCUACCAGCGCAUCAAGUACGAAACCGACAUCAUUCGCCAGAAGAUUAAAGAAACAGAGACUGACGGUCUGGCCUCCACGGCGGAAACCGUAGUGCGGUACGCAGACGAAACGAUUACAGAGUCCGACAAGUCGAAAAGGGUGAUCGAGAUGGCCAGAAAGAAACCUCACUGGUUCACGAAGGACAUGUAUGAUGAACACUGGAAGACGAGCUAAGGAUAGCCAUGCAGUUAUGAAUGUAAACACUAGGUGGCACUGCUGUACUAUCAUGACCCAGAAAGAGUUAUUUUCAAAGUUAGAUAACCCUAUCUAACUCUAGACUCAAUGCUAGAAAUGCUAGCACAGGUCACAGCAAAUGCAAUGUUUUUUGUGUGUUUUUGUUUAGGUUGGUUUCUGUCUUUAUUUUCUGAAUGCACUGUCAUUUAAUAGAGUUACAAAAAAAUGUUGCCUUCAUUUUGAAAAAGUUGUCAGGAAGGUUUUAUAAAUGU